AUGACCGUUCUUCUGUCCAUGAUGAAGGACCUCGUCGAAUUUGUGACGCUGUUCAUACAACUGUACUGCUGUCUGUCGAUAGAUGACUGGCCUCCCGCCAUGGGCAUGCAGGAUGUGUGGGAGACGGACGGACAGUUGGUCACCGUGGACUUCCUCCUGCCCACCGGCAUCUAUCUCAGGUUGGAAGUGUCGCCCAAUGACACCAUCGCUUCCAUCAAAAAGACGCUCUGGCGUCAGGCCAAAAGUGAGCCCCUGUUUGGAGCGCUGGCUGACCCCGAUGUGUACGUCUUCACCUGCAUCAACGUAACAGCGGAGCGGGAGGACCUGGAGGAUGAGCAGCGUCGGCUAUGCGACGUGCGGCCUUUCAUGCCCAUCCUGCGGCUGGUGGCCCGGGAGGGCGACCGCAUGGAGAAGCUCGUCAAUGCCCAAAUCAGCUUCCUUAUAGGCAAAGGUCUGCAUGAGUUUGAGACACAGAAGAACCAAGAGGUGAAAGAGUUCCGCACUAAGAUACGCACGUUCUGUGAGGAACAUGCCCAGGAGCGUCAGCGACUGCCAUGGCAUGAGUGGAUGAAGUACAACUUCCCCUGCGACCUUGAGCCCUGCCCUACAAUGUCGCACAAUGGGAAGUUGCGCAACGUCAAGAAGAUUUUUGUCAGCGUCAAGUUCGAAUUCACUGAGGAAAGCUUUGUGAUCCAGGUGGAGCCCCAGGACUUGCCGGCGACAGUGCUCGACAAGGCCCUGCGGAAGAAGGCCACAGUGUUCCGGCCGCGCUUAAAGGAGAAGCCGGAGGACUACGCUCUGCAGAUCCAGGGGAGGUGGGAGUUCAUCCACGGGAAGUACCCACUCUGUCAGUUCAAGUAUGUUUUCUCAUGUUUGCAUGCCGGUGUGCACCCGUCCUUAAUCAUGGUUCAUCGCACUACCAUCAGCAAGUAUCAGGAAGAGCAGAGCUGCCUGAGCAACCAAGUUACUUUGGGACGACCCUCGUCCAAACCUCCCCCACUGCCCAUCAAGAAGCAAAAUACAUCCUCCCUACGCUCCAUCCAAGAGCCAUUCUACAUCCAGCUACUACAGGGUUGUCGGGUCAAUGCAGACGAAGGCAUGAAGCUUGUGGUCCAGGCUGGUCUGUUCCACGGGAGCGAGCUGCUGUGUAAGGUGGUGACCAGCAACGAGGUGAGCGUCUGCUCGGAACCCGUCUGGGACCAGAAGCUGGUGUUCGAAAUCAGCGUGGGGGACCUGCCCCGCAUGACACGCCUCUGCUUCGCCCUGUACGCCGUCAUCGCCACCGCCAAGAAGCCUCGCUCCACCAAGAAGAAGAACAAGCGUGCGGACUGUCCUUUGGCCUGGGUCAACACCAUGGUCUUUGACUAUAAGGACCAGCUGAAAACCGGGGAGAUGUCUUUAUCCACGUGGCCAUCAGUACCAGAUGAUAAGAGCGACCUCCUGAACCCCAUGGGCACGGUGGAGAAGAACCCCAACAUCGACAGCACUGCCUGCUUGCGCAUCCACUUCCCCAUCAUCCGACCACACCCGCUCUGCUACCCCCCUCUUGUCCAGAUCAGUGAUCUGGAGACCAAUGGAGAGAAGGUUACUGCCGCAAAAGAGGAGUAUAUGAAGCUGAAAGAGAUUGUGGACAAUAAGAACUUCACCGAGAUCUUCGAGGAUGAGAAAGAGCUGCUGUGGAAGAUGCGAACAGAGGUGCGCCGCCUCUACCCAGAAAGCCUCUCCAAGCUCUUGCUCGUCACCAAGUGGAACAAGCAUGAGGACGUGGCUCAGAUGGUGAGUCUGCUGUGGAACUGGCCCGACCUGCCGGCCAUCCACGCUCUGGAGCUGCUCGAUUACUGCUUCCCCGACCCGCACGUCCGCUCCUUCACCAUCCGCUGCCUGAGGAAACUGCGAGACGAAGAGCUCUUCCAGUACCUCCUGCAGCUUGUCCAAGUCCUGAAGUACGAGUCCUACCUGGACUGUGAUCUUGCCAGGUUUCUCCUGGAGAGAGCCCUGUCCAACAAGAAGAUAGGCCACUUCCUUUUCUGGCAUCUCAGGUCUGAAAUGCAUGUGUCGUCGGUCAGUCUACGCUUUGGCCUCAUCCUUGAAGCAUACUGUCGAGGGAGCAACUAUCAUAUGAAAGGUCUGGUGAAGCAGAAUGAGGCUCUGAACAAAAUGAAAGCACUGAACGACUUUGUGAAGUCUGGUUCUCAGAAGGCCUCACGGCAACAGACCACAUCAGAAAUGCAAGUGUGCAUCAAGCAGGAGGCCUUCGUGGAGGCCCUGUCCGACCUGCUGUCUCCACUCAACCCCAGCAUCAUCCUCUCAGAGAUCUGUGCAGACCGGUGCAAGUUCAUGGACUCUAAAAUGAAGCCCCUUUGGCUGAUGUACAAAAACAAGUGGCUGGCGUCGGACACUGUGGGACUCAUUUUCAAAAAUGGAGAUGAUCUGCGGCAGGACAUGCUGGCCCUCCAGAUGAUUCAGCUGAUGGACGUUUUGUGGAAGAAGGAAGGGCUGGACUUGAGGAUGGUCCCGUACGGAUGCCUCUCCACGGGCAACAAGACGGGCCUGAUCGAGGUGGUGAAGAACUCGGACACCAUCGCCAACAUCCAGCUCUACAACAGCACCAGUGCUGCCACGGCUGCCUUCAACAAGGAUGCCCUGCUCAACUGGCUCAAGUCCAAGAACCCAGGGGACAAACUCGAUGACGCCAUUGAGGAGUUUACACUGUCGUGUGCUGGUUACUGUGUAGCUACGUAUGUCUUGGGCAUUGCAGACCGGCACAGUGACAAUAUCAUGAUAAGGGAAUCAGGGCAGCUGUUCCACAUUGAUUUUGGGCAUUUCCUGGGCAACUUCAAGACCAAAUUUCGGAUCAACAGGGAACGUGUGCCUUUCAUCCUGACGUACGACUUUGUCCAUGUAAUUCAAGAGGGAAAGACCAGUAACAGCGAGAAAUUUGAAAGGUUCCGGGAGUGCUGUGAGCAGGCUUAUAAGAUCCUGUGCAGGAAUGGAAUCUUGUUUGUGAACCUUUUUGCUCUCAUGAGAGCAGCUGGACUUCCUGAGCUCAGCUCAGCUAAAGACAUCCAGUACCUGAAGGAUUCACUGGCCUUGGGGAAGUCGGAAGAAGAGGCACUGAAGAAUUUCAAGGUCAAGUUCAAUGAAGCUUUGAGAGAGAGCUGGAAGACCAAGGUCAACUGGAUGAUGCACGCUUUAUCCAAAGACAACAGGUGAUGGGACAAACGGAAGAACCCUUUAGAGCAGGAUGGAAAUUGCACUGCAGUUUGUCCUGAGUGAGUUCUUCAGAAUAAUCCCAGGCCGCUAUCAAACUGGCAUGACUUCCCUCAAAUCCUGUGCAGAUGCUCCUUCCUCAUCAGCAUAUUCCAUAUUCAUUUGAGUCAGAAUUUAUGAUCUCAACGCUGCAUCACUUGUCUCUGUACCUUAACGCUGAUAGAAGAAAAAAAGAUACUUUGAUGAAAUGUAUAUGUAAAAAUAGUGCCCACUUCAUUGUCAUUGCCCUCUUUAGCUACCGUAUACAAGGUCAAACUCGUAGAUUGAUAUUCUACUAAUAAAUGGCGGGCCAUUAUUAUCCAAAUAGAGCCGCUAUUUCUGUUAUAUGGGGUUGUCAACGGAGCAGAGCCAUUAUAGACUGAAAGGACAAAGAAGUUAUUUUAUUCACUUUGUAGUGACAUCUAGUGGUAUCUCUGAGUUAGUGCACGUUAAAUGUGCUGCAGUCCCCUUUAGAUAAAAACAAGCCCCGAGUGCCUACCCUAUUUAUUUUUAUAUUUAUUAAGAUGUGAUUUAUGACAUCAUGUUUUCAACAUUAAGCUUGUUUUGUAUUUAAUUCUAAAAAUCAAUUUUGUUGUCACAGGACGAAAUUACAUGUUGCAAAACAUCACUUAGAGUCAGUGCUGAGAUUAUGAAGCUGAUCAUUAUGAUUAUUAGAAGCUGAAUAACCAAAAUCACCCACCAACUAAACACACACACAUAUACACACACACACACACGCAUACAGGACAUGUAGGACAAGUGGGAUUUCAUGUCAAUUUGAUUGACUUAAACGUGUCUAUUCCUUAAAACCCACUUUAAUGAAUGUUUACAGUUUCCAUUCGUUAAGUCAUGAAAUGACCUAUGUUCAUUUCUUAGAUGGACCAGAAGACCUUAAUAAGCCAUUAGGACUGAUCAGACUUGAUCAGUGGAUAUUGUUGAUUGCUGCGGAAUUGUGAAAUGCAUUUUAAAGGUUGCUUAUUCAACCUAUAUAUCGCAGCCAUUAACUUAUUAAAUACGCUCACGAAAGACUACUAUGCUAGUUCAUCUUCACGGAGGGAACGAAAAACUUUGGAGCUGUAUUUGUGGGUGAAAGAUGUAGAGAUGUAGAACAUUCGGGUGACACAUGAAGUGUUAAUUUUAAUUUUAAGUUUACGUGUUUUCAAUAGUUUAAUUGUUCAUUGGUGUUCUGAAUUUUUUGGUUGUCUAUAUUACUGUUAAGAGAUGAUAAGAGAUGAUACGUUUUAUAUUUUGUGUUACCUCUGCUUGACAGAGACACAUUGGGAUGAAAUAUGAACAAUGAGUGCUAAAAGUUGUUGUUUUUGGAGAAUAUUUUUUUAUUGUGUUAUUGCUGAUAGAGCCUUAAGUGUCUGAACCCUGCCUUGAGAGAAGAAUGAUACGUUGUGUGUAUGAUGAGCAAAAGGCUUAUUUUUCUGUGAAGAUGGUCAAAUGUACAGUGACAAUUAGUCAAUACCCAUUCUUGUGCUUUUUUGUGGUGAACUGAAGUUUGCAGACAUAAGCCAGUUCUGAAUACGUUUUCUUGAACCAGUUGUCAUACGACUGAUAUAGCUCUGCCAUGAACUGCAUCUAACUGACUAAUGGCAUUCUGUGGCCCAUAUUAUGAAGUCAGCCUUCAGCAUAGAUGCUUUGGCAUCUGACUGGCUGUUUGUGCAUCCACAACUCCUUACAAUCACUGAUAACUGUGAUAUGACUGAGGCAAAUUUGAGAUAAAGUGAUUGGGCGUCUCGUCCCCCUUGGAAUUAUAUGGUUCUAUUUACAUUUUCAGUAGUUCUGAGAUGUUGAGCUUCAAAGUUGUAGAACCCCAUAGAGUUUAGGUUGAUAAGUGGAACAAGCAUCUUGAGGUAUAAUGUCCAACAAUGCAUAGAACUUCAAAAAACACCUUGACUUAUGAAGUUAUCACAGAAUAAUUUUGACAUAAUGUCAGAUAGAAUCUUAUAAUUGUAAGGAUAUGAUCUGCUGUCAUGAUAACAUCUAUAGUACCAUGACCUGUUCAUGAUAGCAUAAUGUCACUCUUAUGGCAUGACAUUUUAAAUUCAUGUUAUAACUACUGAAGGGGUCGCUUCAUCUUACCUCUUGAACUAAAAUUCAGGGCAAGUUAGUGGUUUCUUGGUGUUUUGAGCCCCCAACGUUGUCUAGCGCUGCCUGGAAGGCGCUAGGGUUAGGGGUAGGAUUAAGUGCCUUUAAGUCAACAGCGGCAGCGCUGCCUGGAAGACGACUUUGGGGGCUCAAAUCACCAUUGAGCAAGGUAGUGAAAUAGAAAUCACUGGAGAUCAGAAAUGUAUAGGGGAGCUUUCGGUCUGUUUUUAGCGCUGUAUGUUCAAUUGAUUAAGUUGUAAGCUACAGUAUGUGCCUGAAGCUCUUAUUUAUGAUUAGCUAUUUUUAACUCAUCAAUGUAGGCUAUGUACCAAGCCAUCAUAUGGCCAAAUUACACUCUGACAUAUGUAUAUGUAGGGACAUAGUAAUAAACAAUGUCUGACACUGCACUAUAAGAGAUAAGUUAUUUCUAAUGGUUAAAAAAAGACAUAUACAGAAAUCAUGUUUUGGGGGGAGGUAUUUUGUGUGUUUCAUGUUAUGGCAGACAUAACAUAAAGCAUACAUGUGACUGUGUAUAUAUCUCAAAUCAUUCCUUCUCGUAUAUCCCCAUUGCCCUUACCAUGACAUUGUUAGCCACAGGAAGGAUUUUUACAACCUAAAUGGUAAUUCCAAGAGUUUUAAUCAAAUCAAUCAAAACUAGCAAUUAUUUCAAAGUUAAUCAUCUAGUCUGUGGGAAAGCAACUUAUUUGUACUUGGUAUACUGUAGGCUACCUACAUAUAUUGGCCUAUGCAUAUACAAACCUAUUUCCAAAAAAAAAAAACAUUUAUGUGAAAUGUGGGGGGGAAAGUAGAAACUUAUGUAGUUGCAAAACAGACACACACAACUUGUUGAUGCUAGUAUGACAACCACAGAAGCAUUUAACAACUUAUUGGGUUAACUGCCACCAUGAUUGGGUACAAAAGGAGCACCCCAGAGAGUCUGAGUAAAGUAAAGAUGUGGAUGAGUUUAUCACUCUUUGAAAACCUGUUUGGGCAAUGAAUGCAACAAUCUAAGAAUAUUGCUCCUCUGUGAAAUUGUGAAGAACAAAGAGCAAUCUUAGUAGACAACCGACAGGACUGAAAAUCAAUAUACUUUCCAAAAAACAAUUGAAUUUCUCAAUUUCAACCAUUGAUAUGUUUGAUUGUUUUGAAGCUCCAUUCUGUUUUUAGUCCAAUUUUACACAGUGACCCAACCUUUUUUGGAGAUGGAGUUGUAUAUGCAGGCAUGGUAGAGCAAUGGUAAUAUCAUGUCUGACAUUUCAGGUUCAAUCCCCUAACCUGCCUUUGUGACUUUAAAUACCCGGUCAAUCUUUGAAUCCUUGAAUCAGACGGAUAUGAAAACAGUAGAGGCACAUCCUUCUUGUAAGAGCUCAUGAAGAUGGUUUUUGUUUGAAUCAGGUACUCAUAUUUAUUAUUUUACUGUCUACUUUCAGCUCUUAUUUGGAUGUGCAAUAUGAUGUGAGGGGUAGAUAAAGCGAACCUACUGUGUUGAUAUCUGAUAACUGUUGUGGGAGGGGGGAUUGUACAGUGUAAUUGAAAAGGUUUUUGUACUCCUGCCACUCAUAUGAAGCAGCAUUUUGAGAUGGUAAGUGAAUUCUUAUCAUAGUGAUAUAUGGGGGAGGGAUGUUGCUUUACUGGUGUGAGCAUUCAUUGUCAUUAUUUGAAGAACAGCACAUUGAUUGUGCAUCUGUUGAUACCAAAAUGUGUCAAAUAUAAAUGCUAUAAAAUGCAAACGAAAACUGAA